AUGUUGGAGUAUGAACGGCAAGCGGACGAAAGAGCGAGAGAAGCGGAAUUGAUGGCAGAGGAGCGUGAAAGGAUGUUAGAGGAGAUGGCGAGGAUAUCGAAGGAGCAGGAUAGGAUUGCGCAGGAGGAAUAUGAAAUGAGGCAGUACUACGAGGCAGAGGCUUUGAAGCAUGCCGAGGAAGUAAGAUUACAUCAGGAAGAAGUCCGAAGACACCAAGAACGAGUGCGUGAGCACGAGCGCCGAGUCCGCGACCACGAAGCAUCGUCCGAAGCCUUCGCCAAAGUCAUAGCCAUGCCAGCCAAGCCUGGUCGAGAGA